AAGUUGCAGCCACUGAGAUGCAUGACCCGCCCAACAUGAGGGUCUGCAGAGGAAGAGUCGCGCUCUACCUUUGGUCUAUGGUCUAUGACGUGCGUGCAGGUCUGCGUGUUAAAUGUUUGAUUUAGUUAUCAGUUUAAUUCUAUUAGUGGAAAGUUGGACUUAUCCCCAGCAACCGGAGCUAUGGUAACCCUCAUCUAGCUGCUUCAAAAUUCAAGGUGAUGUAAUUUCUAAGCCAAUAGAUAUAUAGUAUUGCUAUUUCAAGAAACAUGCAGUUGAAAAAGUUCCGGCUUAAGAUCCCUUCCCAAUUGGUCUCCCAGACAUACCCAAAAAAUUGAAAAUUAUGAAAGUAUCACAAGUCCAUUCAUAAAACCAAUGGUCGUCUUCAACCAACUGCGAUUAAGUGUGAACUUUUUCUUAAGUGCUGUAUUAUAAUGAUUUCUCUAUAAUUGGAUUAAUAACGCUAUUUAUCGUAACGAAUUUGUUUCUUUUUGCAUUAAAUUCGAUAUGUUCCGCUUGGCUUCUGAUGUAUUUUAGUCCACAUCUCAGUAUGACAUUGAUUGUGGUCCUCUGUUGGCAGUAUUUGGCUUAUUUAUAUCUGUUUCCGAAAGUGAAAAAUAUAACUUCCUCAAAAGACUGCCUGCAGUUGUAUUUCAAGUUCCAUUUUCCAAAUUAUAGCGCCAUUCUGGAACAUUUUUUCCGAGUGGACUGACUUUUAAGCGGCUUUCUGGGGGAAUUCCUGAGUUUUGGACUAUCGACAGGUUCUUAAUCUCUCUUUCCGGCAACAGUCAGCUUAAUUAGCCUUUUGUUAGCCACUUUUUCUGCUGAUGUUGUCAUAAUAUUAUGAGUUAUGACGUCUAUUUUGGGGCCGUACAGGCCACUUAUGAUUGCACAGAUGUUUCCAGCGCGUUCUAACGCACCAAAGCACAAAUACAGUUGGAGUUCUUUUGUCAGAUACUAUGUUGGCUUAUUCAAAACUUCCAUCUAAACCAGUGGGAGAAAAACAAUCAUUUCUGAAGGUAUAUGUGCUAUAAAAGCGGGUCGUUUACUCAUCCACCUGCACUUAGUUUGUCGAAUUGAGAAUGAUAGGUCUUCAUAUUUUAAAAUCGUCUUUGCUGCUCACACUCGGUGUGUCUUUGGCUUUCGCUCAAACCGACUACUGUACGUCUAGUCUCUGCGGUAACUCCCAGCAUAUAGCAUGCCAGAACACGGGCGCCUGGUUGGCGGCCUGUCCAAAGAGUCCGGCUCCCACAGCUGUUGUGAUGACGUCAGCGCUGCAAACGGAAAUCGUCAAAGGGCACAACUCGAGGCGCCAGACCUUGGCCGCCGGAGCGCUGCCCGGCUUCAGUUCAGCUGUCCGCAUGGCUCCUGUUCGCUGGAAUGCAGAGCUGGCCCGGUUGGCCGCCCUGAACGUCAGGCAAUGCCAGAUGAAGCACGACGCGUGCCGCAACACGCCCACCUUCAGGGCUAGUGGCCAGAAUCUGGCCAUGGUCGGCUAUAGCGGUGCCAUAUCAAGUCGCUCGGACCAGGCGUUGGUCACUCAGUCGCUCACGAUGUGGUGGGACGAGUAUAAGAUUACCACCAAGGCGCAGAUAAACAGCUAUCCCCAGAACUAUAACGGGCCCGCCAUUGGACACUUCACGGCCAUGGCCCAGGAGAAGCAGACGCAUGUGGGCUGCGCCGCAGCGCGUUACUUGAAGACUAGCAUGAAUUAUUGGCUCUUCGCCUGCAACUAUGCCACCACCAAUUAUGUGAACCAACCUGUCUAUGCGGCGGGACCAACGGCCUCGAAGUGCAAGACAGGCACGCACGUCAACUUCCCAGCCCUCUGUAAAGUGGCGGAGGUUUAUACUUAGUUGCGAUUAUUAUUAGUAAUAGAAUUGAAAUCAUGGAAAAUCUGUAAAUAAAAGUCAAAUGAGGCUUACGCAGACAUCUGGUGGGUAGAGAUUGGACGCGUAGAAAAUAAAGUCUCUCACAACAAUUA